AUGGCAACCAGUCUGAGCCAUAGACCCCCACUGCAAAAUCUGCAAAGUAUGUACGAUGAGAAAACACUAUGUGACAUCACCGUGGUUGUAUGUGGCAGGGAAUUUCAGGCGCAUAAGGUUAUCCUAGCGGCAUGUAGCGAUUACUUCAAACUGAUGUUUACAAGUGAAAUGCAGGAACAGUCAUUGGCAAAAGUGGAACUGAAAUGUGAACUGUUAACGAGUGAUUCUUUUGAUAUAUUACUGAAAUAUGCAUACUCUGGUAACCUUGUGCUGAGUAGUGACAACGUUUUUGAUGUCAUAACAGCAGCUGACCAUUUGCAAAUCGUCAGUGCUGUUGAAACUUGCUGCCAGUUCAUUAUCAAGUCAUGUCUAGAAAUAUUUGACAUAAAAGUGGGAGACUGCCUCGCUGUGGCAACUUAUGCUGAUAAGUACAGUCAGCUGGAAUACCUUGGUAAAACAUUGAAUAAGACAUUGGCCAAAAACUUUGUCAAAGUGAUGGCAUACCCUGACACAUGUGAGCAGUUAAGUUAUGAAAGAUUGUGUUCAUUACUAGAACUAGACUCGUUAUGCGCUUCGUCGGAAUUGCAGAUAUUGCAAACAUUAUUAAAGUGGUUGCGACAUAAUUGGGAACAUCGCAUGCAGUUUGCUGCUGAUCUUUUGGGUAAAGUUCGGUUCGGACUGAUUGAUAAGUAUGAUUUAGUGGAACUGUUAGAAGUGGAUGAUAUUCAGCAGAUUCCUGAAUGCAAGGAGUUGUAUUAUAAAGCUAUGGUGUAUCAUGCAUUACCAGAUAGAAACAGAGAACCAUGUGAUCUCAUUAAUCAACCCAGAGCUUCAUGUUUGGCACUGGUAUCAAUUAAUACUGUAGUGAUGCAGUAUUACGACAGGAACACAAUGAGAUGGGUUACAUUGCCUAAAUUUGUGAAUAAUUCUACAGGAAGACAGAUAACUGGAUUCAAUGCACCAGCUGUUGUGGCACAUGGCAACUUUAUUUAUGUAGCAGGGGGAAAUAUCCAGGGACCAACUUGUAAUCUCAGUCGUUAUGAUAUUGGUAGAAAUGCUUGGGAUAAAUUGGCUCCAAUGAAAAGUUGUCGAUUUGCAUUCAGUCUGUGUAUCUUUGAUGGAUACAUGUACGCUGUUGGUGGUUAUAGCGAUUCAGGUUACCUGGCCCAUAACAAUGCUGAAAGAUUUAACUUCAUUACUGGACACUGGCAAUACAUCGGACAACUCAACACGCCUAGAUUCCAUGUUGCAGUCACACCCUACCAAGGCUUUUUAUACGCAGUAGGUGGACAGAAGGAUAAAUUCACAGCCUUGAAAUCUGUACAGAGAUUUGACCCAGCAAAGAACACUUGGGAGACGUUAAACCCUACAAUACAUGCUCACACCCAAGCGAGUCUUAUGGAGAUUGACGGAAAACUAUACGUUAGUGGAGGUAAAACUAAUGGUCCUGACAGAAGCAGCGAUUUAAUCAACAGUCAGACUGUGGAGGUCUAUGACGGGAAAACAGAUUGUUGGCGUGAUGUACCACAAGAUUUAAUUCCACCUGGUAAUAUUCCUGCUGUAAACAUAGGAUCUGAUGUGUAUAUUGUAUUAAAUGGCUAUACUUACAAAACAGGUAUACAAACAACUCCAGAUCAGGUGUACUAUGUUGAUCUUGAUGACUGGGCUAAUGUUGUCAAUUUUAUCAGAGGCUUGUCAAUUACGUGUGUUCCAAUAAACGUUGAAAGGUUGAUUGAUUUAAAUGAUGUUAAAGACAGCAAAGUGUAA